AUCAGUGUACUUCGCCAAUUUUCUUCCAUUUCAGUGCGAAUAAUUCUUCUCGAAAAGUACCAAGCGACGAAUAAUCUCAAAGAACAAUUUUAAAACUAAAAUACACUCAACUUAAAAGUAUCACAUAUCAAGAAUUACAGUGUCUUAAACUCUCCUCUCUUAAGCUCCGUCAUGCAUUAUCUCUGUUGGAAAAUAGGUUUUCGAAGCAACGUGAACCUCUUUCGAUCUCGUCGUCGAAACACAGACGAAUGUUACCGAGAAUUAUCCCUUCAGAGGAAACACGGUGUUGUUGGCGAUGUGGACGUACCUUCUCACGUGCCAAAGAUCUUCGCGAAGAAUGAAAAAACGAUAAAGCUAAUCAAAGACGCGAUUUUGAGCAACAAAUUCCUCGAAGAUCUGGACGAGUCGCGUAUAGAGAAGCUGAUCUCGGUGAUGUAUCCUAAUCGCGUGAAAGCCAACACACGGAUCAUUCACGAAGGUGAAACCGGUUCCCAUUUGUACGUCUCGGAGGAGGGAACGUUCGAAAUCUACGUGGGCACCACGUAUCACGGUAGCUUCGGUCCAGGUGUUGCCUUCGGAGAGCUGGCUUUACUCUACAACACGAAGAGACUCUGUUCUAUAAACGUGAAUACGAACGGCAAAAUAUGGAUACUUGAGAGGCACGCGUUCCAGGCGAUAAUGAUGAGAGACGAGGAGGAAACCCUGGAAUACAAUAUGAAACUGAUUCGUCGAAUCGAGAUUUUCAAAGAUCUGCCAGAAGAAACUCUUCUGAAGAUCUGCGACUUGAUUGCGGUGGAAUUCUAUCCGGCUAACUCGUACGUGAUACGAGAAGGAGAUCACGGGAGCAAGUUCUUCAUCGUAAACGCUGGAAGCGUGAUAGUGACGAAGUACAGAACGAUUACAACGGAGCAAGAGCUGGUUACUCUGUCCAAGGGUGAUUAUUUUGGCGAGAAAGCAUUGUACGACGAUGGAGAAACUUGUCGACAGGCGAAUGUAAUCGCUGUGUCUCCUGGAGUAGAGUGUCUCACCAUCGAGAGAGAAACGUUUCUGGAUUUCCUUGGAGGAUUGGACUCGAUUAGAAACAGAAAAUGGGAGACUUCUCAGAGUGUAACCGAGAUGAACCAUUGGGAGGAGCAGUUCCAAAAUUUGUCCCUGACGGAUUUGGAGUCUGAAGGGACAAUCGGAGCAGGUGGCUACGGCAGAGUGGAAUUGGUUACAGUAGAAUCGAUGCCCAAUGUUAGCUUUGCCAGGAAGAAGGUGAAGAAACGUUUGAUUACCGACGGUGGAUAUCAGAAGUUGAUUUAUAACGAAAAGAACAAUUUGAAAUUGUGCAAUUCUCCUUUUGUCUGCAAAUUACACAGAACCUUCAAAGAUAAGAGAUACAUUUACUUUUUAAUGGAGGUGUGUCUUGGCGGAGAUUUAAGGACAGCGUUGCAUAGAAAUGGUCGAUUCGACAAUUCGUCUGCUCGAUUUAUCGUUGCUUGUAUCGUGGAAGGGCUGAAUCAUCUUCACUCGUUGGGUAUUAUUUACAGAGACCUAAAACCAGAGAACGUAGUGAUCGAUAGCCAUGGUUACGCUAAGCUUACUGAUUUUGGAUCCACUAAACAUAUCGGCGCUUAUAAAACGAAGACAUUCAUGGGUACACCGGAGUAUUUGGCUCCUGAAAUCAUUCAAAGUAAAUCGUAUAAUAAUGCUGUCGAUUAUUGGGCACUUGGAAUUGUUACGUACGAAAUUAUGCUGAAUCGGACACCUUUCCAAGAUGUGGACGAUAUGGCGAUGUAUAAUAAAAUAAUUCGUGGCUUCGAUGCUACACUUAUUCCUCCCGCCAUAAAAAGCGCGGCAAAACAUUUCAUCGGAUUACUUUUGAAUAAUGACCCAGUCAAAAGACUUGGUUAUUUGCGAAACGGUGUCCAUAAUAUUCGUAAUCAUAGGUGGUUCAAUCAUUUCCAUUGGAACGAGUUACAGAAUCAAACAAUGCUUUCCCCUAUUGUUCCAACGGUGAGAAGUCACAUUGAUUUCAAGAACUUCGAUAAAUAUCCUCCUGAUUAUACUACUGCUCCAGUCGAUUUUUCUGACUGGGAUACGAACUUCUAA